AGCUGGUAGCAACUUUCGCUCUGCUUGACAAGACAUCAGGAAGUGGAUUCGAGUGUUUGGGGGCCUGGCGAAACAGGAAGUUAUCUAAGUUUCUAUAUAGAUAGAGCCAUAUUUAGGCGGCAAGUGUCUUUGUGGGAAACCCUUUUUCCCUUUGCGAAGAAACUGUCCUGACGACAAGAGUUUUGAUUGAAAGCAGAUCGCUCGUGUCCGACCGAAGCCUUCUCACAUUUCCCGACUUCAGGAUCGUCGUGUCGUUAGAAGUUAUAUUUAAACCUUCUUUCCGGCUGUUUACAGUCACACGCAUGGAUUGAAAGAGGUUGGCAAUGGGGCAUUGAGGCAGACGACAUGCCGGAGUCAAAUAUGAAUGAAGAAAAAAGCGACACUUGAGAGGCAGUGGACACCAUGCUUCCAUACACUUUGGACUCAAACAAGAAGUGAACGAAGUGUGCAUACAUUCUAUCUCUUGCUAGAAUGAAUCAGCAGGAAGGAGGUUUACCAUGCCUUUCAGAGGUCAUGCAUCAGGCCCUAAAUGCUAAAAAUGAACGUGUAUUGCUCGAGGUCAUAGAGAAGUACUCAUUUGAGGAUAUUCAAAAGUGCUUCGAACAGGAGCCCACACUCUUCCACCGGAUCUGUGCACAAGGCUUUCAUACACUUGCAACAUUCUUCCUGGAAGCAGCUCACAUCGACCCCACCAUAAAACAUGAAGGAAGAACUGCUCUGCAAUGGGCAUGCUUGAAUGGCCAUCAGGAUAUUGUGCAAUUGCUGCUUCCUACUUCCAUCAUGGAACAAAGGGUGUGGCAGGAUAACUCCGAGUUUUACUCUGCCUCCCUUGCAGGGAAUAUAGAGAUAAUAAGAUGUCUUUUCCAACAGCAUUCCUAUCUUCUGAAAGACGAUGAAGUGAGGACAUCACUGCUGUAUGCUGCCUGCAUUGGAGGCAACAUUGAUGUUGUUAAGUUCUGGCUUAUCCCAGGAAUGGAUGUCAACAAACCUGUAGAACUGGUGUCUGCUCUUCGAAACUGUGAGCUAAUGGUGCCUCUGUAUGCUGCGUGUGAAGGUAUGAUCUUUUUAUCAUGAGCAGUUUCUUAAGAGACAUAUAUUUAAAUAAUGCUGCACUUUAGGAAAUGCAACCCGUUGUUCUUGAGACUGUUGUUGAAUGACACUAUUACUCUUUUCAUUUUUUAAAAAUAUUUUUUAUAUUUCCAUGUAAACAGCUACAAAUUACAUGUCGAUGCACUUUUGAUAGCAUUAAGGACCUUUCUGAUCUCCAAUAUGCUUAAAUAGAAGAUUCAUUAUUUUUAUCUUUAGACAAAAGUAUAUUUUGAUUGAUCUCUUUAUUGUUUACUAUGAUAUUAGCUGUGAUUUGCAGGACAGCACAAGGAUGCUGCACUACUGUUAAUG